AUGCUUCUCCUCGAUCUCCCUCCUGAGAUUAUUCUUUGUAUAGCACACAAGCUAGAUCAAGCGAGAGAUUUGCUUAUGCUGGCUUGCCUCAAUCGAGCCACAAAUGCUCUUUUGCUCGACUAUUUGUUCAAGUUCAACGUCCGACGCCAACGCAGCUCUGCCUUGUUCUGGGGUGUUCUCCAGGGCAAGUCGGAAUUUGUGGAAAUGAUGUUGCACGGCUAUCAAGCGGAUGCCAAUACCGCAGACGAUAAAUAUCGCACACCGAUCUUUUAUGCAAUUCUCGCUAAGAACGAAACAAUGAUUCGCACGCUUCUGUUUGAACAGAGAGCAAGUAUCAAUUGGCAAGACCACCGCAGGCAGACUCCACUGAUAUACGCCAUUGAAAAGAAUUUGCUGUCUACUACAUCACUUUUACUCGAUUUUGAUCCAAGUCUGAAUAUAAGGGAUGCCAAGAAACGGUCUGCUAUUUGGUACGCCAUCGCUCGCUGCGAUGAGAACCUGGUGCAAGUCCUUCUGGAAAGGGGCAGUGAUAUACGAACGCCAGAUUACAAACAAUUUACACCAUUCAGGCUUGCUGUUGCCAAGAAAGCCCCGAGAAUUACUCGACUGUUACUUCUCCAUUCGGAUCGAAAUUUACGAAUGGCCCUACUGGAGAAUGUCACUACCAGAAACCGUCUGCUCUGCCAGGCGGUACGGGCAAGCCUUCAAGAUUUCGUCGCGCUACUGAUUGCCCAUGGCGCAGAUCCCAAUUCUAGAAAUAGAGAUGGCCGGACCCUAUUGCACCAAGCCACAGAAAAUAGCGAUAGCGGGAUAGUCCAACAAUUGCUCGCCUAUGAAGAGAUCUCAGUUGAUGCAACGGACAGGCACUCCUGCACUGCUCUUCAUAUCGCAGCAGAGUAUGGAUGCACGUCGGUAGCCAAAUGCCUGCUGGCCAAAUGCGGCUUAGACUCCAACGCAAGAGACAUAUACGGUCGGACUGCUUUCCACGUCGCAGCAAAAUAUGGCAACAAAUCGAUCACAAAGCUUCUUUUAGCCUAUGAUGCUGUGGAUAUCAAUGCUCUAGAUUUGAAUGGAGAAACAGCACUCUGCUUGGCUGCCGACGCAGAACACACAGCUAUAGCUCUACAGAUUCUAGCAGAAGAUCAUGUGGACGUUAACCUGGCCGGUCAAACUAGCAGGACAGCUCUUCAUCAUGCAGCGAGAACGAACAACGUACCAGUCGCAUGUGUCCUUCUCGGCACUGAAAAUCUCGAUCCCAAUGUUCGUGAUGACCAUGGAUGGGCCCCUCUUACCUACGCUGCUUCCAACGGUGAUAUACGCAUGGUGGAACUCUUACUCGCAAGAGAAGAUAUACAAGUGAAUGUGCAACAGGCCCCUCCACUAUUUCGUGCUGCCGAAAAAGGUCAUCUGGAAGUUGUACGCCGAUUGCUUUCCUGUGAUACCAUCGACAUCAAUCAGCAGUUUUGGAACAGCUCGCCUCUCUGUGUUGCCUCUGAGAUGGGCCACCCGGAAAUUACAAUGCUACUCCUUGAACACACAACACCACCCGACAUCAAUCUGAAAACUUAUAUGGGAGACACAGCACUUUCCCUGGCCGCUUACCAUGGUCAUUUGGCUAUCAUCAAUCUCUUGCUGGAAGAAAGUGGACUGAAUGUUACCGCUACUGAUAAAUUUGGGGAUACGGCGUUAUGCAAAGCCGCUCGGAAUGGACACGAACAGGUAGUCAGGCGUCUCUACAGAGACACUCGUGCAAAAUGUGCUAGUGAUGUGAGAAGGGCGAUUGGGGCAGCUUGCAACUGUAGAAUUGCGCUCUACCUUGAAGGUCACUUGAAUGAUCAAGGCAACUUUUGCACUUGGCCUUGA